CCAGCGCCGGUCUACUCUCCUGGAAGGCGGCGUCAGCAGCGGCUGCUCACGCUGUGCCCACUCCGGCGCGCGCCGUGCGCUCCCGCCGCGGGUGGGCUCCUCAGCCCUUGGCUGGCUUUGGCCCCAGCCUUGCGGCGGCCUCUGUAUCCCACCUUCCCACUGCGGGGGCGUCCUAGCACUCUCAAUCCUUCUCUGGGGUGUUCUUGGUUCCCACGCGCAGCUACUAAACAGAGGGUACCCAACUUUGCCACCUCGCCGGUCGCUUUCUCUCGGCGCGAACCUAUCCACUCAGCUGCACAACUGGAGACUCCAGCAGGCGAGCUGGUCCCCAGCCUGGCGCGCUGCGAGAGGAGGAUAGCUCUGGAGAAGUGGCGGGGUGCAGUGGCGGCUGCUGCCUCGAUUUCCCUCGCAGCGCACUGAAGAGGACCCUUGGAGCAGCUCCGGGCUCCGGGGCGCUGGAUGACUAGCUGGAGGAACGCGCCCCGCAUCUGGGCUGGCGUGUGAGAAUUGGGUUUGGGUGCCCAUGUGGCUGUGCAGUUCAGUGUGAUUCAUGACGGAGGCCACACGUCUCUGCCCUCUCUCCUCGGUUUUAAACACCCCACAAACCAUCAAGCAAGCAGUUUCACAGAGAUGUUAACAGCCUCAGGUACUUUUCACACAUGAGGAGAAGGUGAGCUUCGUAGAAGACACGUUCCCAGAGUCAGAGAGCCCUUGCUCACCAUGAAGGGAGCCUGCAUCAUUGCAUGGCUGUUCUCAAGCCUGGGAGUGUGGAGACUUGCUCGGCCUGAGACCCAGGACCCUGCCAAGUGCCAGAGAGCUGAGCACCCCGUCGUCUCUUACAAAGAAAUUGGCCCCUGGUUACGGGAGUUCAGAGCUGAGAAUGCUGUGGAUUUCUCGAGGUUAACAUUUGACCCAGGACAGAAAGAACUUGUCGUAGGAGCAAGAAACUAUCUCUUCAGACUACAGCUUGAGGAUCUGUCUCUCAUCCAGGCUGUGGAGUGGGAGUGUGAUGAAGCCACCAAGAAAGCCUGUUAUAGCAAGGGCAAAUCGAAGGAGGAAUGUCAGAACUACAUACGAGUGCUCUUAGUGGGAGGGGACCGGCUCUUCACCUGUGGGACCAAUGCCUUCACACCUGUCUGUACCAUCCGCUCGUUAAGUAACCUGACUGAGAUCCAUGAUCAGAUCAGUGGCAUGGCCCGCUGUCCCUACAGUCCCCAGCACAACUCUACAGCUCUACUCACAGCCAGUGGGGAGCUUUAUGCUGCAACAGCCAUGGAUUUUCCAGGGCGAGAUCCAGCCAUUUACCGAAGUCUAGGCACUUUACCUCCUCUUCGAACUGCACAGUACAACUCCAAAUGGCUCAAUGAACCAAACUUUGUGUCUUCCUAUGACAUCGGAAAUUUCACCUACUUCUUCUUCCGAGAAAACGCCGUGGAACACGACUGUGGGAAGACUGUGUUCUCCAGGGCCGCCCGGGUCUGUAAGAAUGACAUUGGAGGGCGAUUUCUUCUGGAGGAUACCUGGACUACCUUCAUGAAGGCUCGCCUCAACUGCUCCCGGCCUGGUGAGGUACCCUUUUACUACAACGAGCUGCAGGGCACUUUCUUCCUGCCAGAGCUGGAUCUGAUCUAUGGAAUCUUCACAACCAAUGUAAACAGCAUUGCUGCCUCUGCUGUCUGUGUCUUCAACCUGAGCGCCAUCUCACAGGCCUUCAAUGGACCCUUCAAGUACCAAGAGAACUCUCGCUCAGCCUGGCUGCCUUAUCCCAACCCCAACCCCAAUUUUCAGUGCGGCACCAUGGACCAGGGCCUGUACGUAAACCUGACGGAAAGAAACCUACAGGAUGCUCAGAAGUUCAUUCUGAUGCAUGAAGUGGUGCAGCCAGUGACCACAGUGCCCUCCUUCAUGGAAGACAACAGCCGCUUCUCCCACUUGGCGGUCGAUGUUGUGCAAGGCAGGGACGUGCUUGUCCACAUCAUCUAUCUAGCCACAGAUUAUGGCACCAUCAAGAAAGUCCGAGCACCCCUGAGUCCGAGCUCAGGCAGCUGUUUGCUGGAAGAGAUUGAGCUUUUCCCAGAGAGGAGGAGUGAGCCCAUCAGGAGCCUGCAGAUCCUCCACAGCCAGAGUGUCCUAUUUGUGGGGCUGCAGGAGCAUGUGGUCAAGAUCCCCCUGAAGAGGUGCCACUUUCAUCAAACACACAGUGCCUGCAUUGGCGCUCAGGACCCUUACUGUGGCUGGGAUGUGGUGAUGAAGAAGUGCACCAGCUUGGAGGAGAGUCUGAGCAUGACCCAGUGGGAUCAGAGCAUCCCCACCUGUCCGACGAGAAAUCUCACUGUAGAUGGGCGUUUUGGCCCAUGGUCUCCGUGGACGCCCUGUACACACACCGAUGGCACUGCUGUGGGAUCCUGCCUCUGCCGGUCCCGCUCCUGUGACAGCCCAGCUCCACAAUGUGGUGGCUGGCAGUGUGAGGGCCCUAGAAUGGAGAUCACCAACUGUUCCAGGAAUGGAGGCUGGACUCCCUGGACCUCCUGGUCUCCCUGCAGCACCACCUGUGGCAUCGGCUUCCAGGUGCGGCAGCGCUCCUGCAGCAACCCCACGCCCAGGCAUGGAGGGCGCGUGUGCGUGGGCCAGAACAGGGAGGAAAGAUACUGCAAUGAACAUUUGCUCUGCCCACCACACGUGUUCUGGACAGGCUGGGGACCCUGGGAACGCUGUACAGCCCAGUGCGGGGGUGGCAUUCAAGCCCGCCGUAGGACCUGUGAAAAUGGGCCUGACUGUGCAGGGUGCAAUGUGGAAUACCAGCCUUGUAACACCAAUGCAUGCCCAGAGCUGAAGAAGACCACACCAUGGACCCCCUGGACACCCGUCAACAUCUCUGAUAACGGAGGCCACUAUGAGCAGCGGUUUCGCUAUACCUGUAAAGCUCGCCUGCCAGAUCCAAAUUUGCUGGAAGUAGGAAGACAGAGGAUAGAAAUGCGAUACUGUUCCAGUGACGGGACCAGCGGCUGCUCCACAGAUGGGCUUUCUGGAGACUUUCUAAGAGCUGGGAGAUACUCUGCCCAUACGGUCAAUGGGGCAUGGUCAGCCUGGACUUCCUGGUCACAGUGCAGCAGAGACUGCAGCAGGGGCAUUCGGAACCGGAAGCGUGUUUGUAACAACCCAGAACCCAAGUACGGGGGCAUGCCAUGCCUUGGCCCAUCGCUGGAGUUCCAGGAAUGCAACAUUUUACCCUGCCCAGUGGAUGGUAUGUGGUCUUGCUGGUCAUCCUGGUCUAAAUGCUCAGCAACAUGCGGGGGUGGACACUACAUGAGAACCCGUUCUUGUACGAAUCCAGCCCCAGCAUAUGGAGGGGACAUCUGCCUGGGACUGCACACAGAGGAAGCACUCUGCAACACACAGACCUGCCCAGAGAGCUGGUCAGAGUGGUCAGACUGGUCUGUAUGUGACGCGUCUGGUACCCAGGUCCGUGCUCGGCAGUGCAUCCUUCUGUUUCCUGUGGGCAGCCAGUGUUCCGGAAAUACUACAGAGAGUCGGCCUUGUGUAUUUGACUCUAAUUUCAUCCCAGAAGUGUCUGUGGCAAGAUCCAGCAGUGUAGAAGAGAAGAGGUGUGGAGAGUUCAACAUGUUCCACAUGAUGGCCGUGGGACUUAGCAGUUCUAUCCUUGGCUGCCUCCUCACACUGCUUGUCUACACCUACUGCCAGCGGUACCAGCAGCAGUCCCAUGAUGCAACUGUCAUCCACCCUGUCUCUCCUGCUGCCCUCAACAGCAGCAUAACUAACCACAUCAACAAGCUGGACAAGUAUGACUCCGUGGAGGCCAUCAAGGCAUUUAACAAAAACAACCUGAUCCUAGAGGAGAGAAACAAAUACUUCAACCCACAUCUCACUGGGAAGACCUAUUCCAAUGCCUACUUUACAGAUCUCAACAAUUAUGAUGAAUACUAGCAGCUCUCAUACUUUUGGCUCCUUGUAAACUCUCUGCUCUUCAAAGCCGUGCUCCAUGACUGCCCGUUUCUGAGGCUUCAGAGAUGAUGUGUGGAACCAUUUCAAGUGCAUUUCAAAACAGUCAAGUGUAACCAGGACUUUCCCAUUGCUACCAAAAAAGCUGACACCCUUAAAUGCCUAAAUGUGGUAUUGUGAAAAUCUGGUCUAUAGAAAACAUUUGGUUGUGGUGAAGUGAGCCAUGGUAUGACAUUUUGUAUUGUACUUAUAUCAAACUCUAACUGGUCUACUGUUUUUCAUGAGUUUUAUUUCAUAAAUGUGCCAACCACGUUAGAAAGUGUCUUCAGAAACAUAGCAUCAUCAUGUUUUUGAGUGUAGAGGCUCAGGAUGUUUUAACUUGGAAACAAAUAAACAAACAAAUAACCAGGCACUUUAAUCUGAGAUGCCUUCCCCCCACACACAGAGUUCAGAGUAAUUCACAGAAUGAAGGUAUGGCUAAUGCCAACUCCCCCAACCUGAGUGACUCUGUAGGGUCUUGGAAACAACUUGUUUGCACUUGGAGUGAAUCCUGCCCAGGGAUUCCACCCAUCUACUGAGACUCUCUGCUUUGGUCUGGGGCAGUGACUAUCAUCACUGUUUGGUGAACACAUGAAACAGAGAACAGCCAGUGAGACACAAAGCAGUGUUCUACAGCUUGCAGUGAAACUAACCUAACUCUGACUUUUGGAUUCUGUGUCAUCCCAGGAAGCUCCUUGCCAUGCUAUGGGCCUGAAGGCCCCCUUUCUGGGCAGUAAGCUUCCUGGCUGAAGAGCCAGUCUGAGCAUUUGGGUAGACUCCACACCCUUUUUCCUUUCCCUCCAAGAGAAGAAAAUCCUUCAACAUUUAUGAUGGAAAAUAUUGAAAGUACCAAAUUGUAAUUGAAAGCUACUUUUAAAUUUUUGUGUGUGUGUUUAUGCAGUGUUUAAUUAACUCAUGUAAUUGAAAGCUACUUUUUUAUUUUUUUAUUUUUUUUGUGUUAUACAGUGUUGUUAAUGGAUUUUAAUUUUUUGUACUCAGCAUCUUUGAUGUGGCUAGUGUGCAGCAAGGCCCCUAUCAAGAGCAUUAAAGGUGUGUAAAGCUGUCCCUCUGGAGCUCAGUGCAGUCACACUGGAGUGGCACUCCAGUACCAUUGUCUCCUCAUUUGUCCCCUGCUUCCCUAAGACCAGAGGAGGGAAAGACUCUGGUGUCUUUUGCCUCACUUGCUGCCUUCCUGUCCUCCAGCUUACCAAGUCCCACUUCUGCUCCAAGACCGUAGCCGUCAAGAUGCACCAUGAGAGGUAAUGGAGGUCAGGGUUUCAGUGGCCCUUCUCUCUGAUCAGGAGGGUUGAAUGUUCUAAGGCUACUCUCGAGGUCCUUGGAGGAGUAAAGAAGAGUGGUAGCAUCCUACCUAAUGCAUUUUAAAGGUGAAGACGAAGGUUUGUCUGCACCAAUGGUUACUAUGAUAAAAGCCUGAGUAGGCAGCCAUUUGUGAUCUUAUGGAUACAUAAACUUUCACAUCUAUGCAGAUGUAUAGCACAGGAAGUAAAGAUUACAGGGUUUUUUUUAUAUGUUUUCCCCCAUGGAAUAUAAAGAAGAAAUCUCAGAAAACAUUCCAAAAAAAUAUGAUUAAUCACAAAUUAUUCUCCUAUAAAUACAUUUUUCAGACAUAACUCUGUGUUAAAAUUGAAAUUAAAACAGCAGAUGGGCUCUGGGAGAUGUGUCAGAUUGUGAAGAAAUGGCAUAUGGGAAUAUCACAGUGGGAUAUUGUGUGGCAUUUCACACACUUCUACAGUGUACAUGCCCUCCAUUGCACAGACAUUUUUAAAAUCCACACUUACCAGACAGAAUGUGUCAGAUGAUUUAUUCAUUGUCUCUAGGGUGGAUUUUUAGUGGAUGCUUCAACUCAUCUCAUUACUUUCUUUUAAGAAAAGAAUAAAUCCUCCUGGCAUAGCACUAUUUUAGUGUUUUAAAAGUAAUCUCCCCUUCUUGAAUAUUUCUCUAGUUUAAAAGGUCACUUUCUUCCCCCUGGGAAUAAGAGUACAAAUAUUUCAAGAAUGUAUGGCUACACUUGAUAGGAAAUGCUUUCUAAGUGACCUGUAAUCUGGCCUUCAUCAAUUUGAUAUAAUAAACCCACCCAAGAAUUUGAAAUAAGACAGUUUUCUGAUAUUAGUAUUGCUUUUUUAAAGUCUCAUUUCUGACUGCCUCAUUCUCUCUUCAGAUCCUCACCUCCAACCACAGGUCCUUUGCUCUUACUUUGCUGAAAAAUUGGAGCAAUUCCUUAGGAAUGCUUUGAGCUAUAUUCUGGUUUUCACUACCUGCUGCGUGGCUCAUUUUCUGGAAGUAUACAGCUAUGGAUCCUGGUGCAGUGUAUGCCACACUCCAGACCUCUUGUUAGCACAUCGUGACGUGAACAUGCAUACCACACACACACACACACACACACACACACACACACACACACACACAUACAGAGAGAGAGAGAGAGAGACAGACAGACAGACAGACAGACAGAUAGACACUUUCAUUUCCUUCCCUACUUCCUCCCCACAACCCUUCUUCCUUUCCUUUAUUCCUUACUUCUUCUCUUUCUUCUUUCCCUUUGCAUUUGAUGAAAGAAACACACAGAGGGAUUGAUAUUUUAAGCUACAUCCGGCUGAACCUGUUGCUAAAUGACAUUAGUCAACUUAUUUUUUAGAGUUAGGGUUCAAUUUUGGCUGGUUUUCAUUAGGAAACUGACUUCAGUCACUUCCACUCAUUGGAAGUUGGUCCCAAUGUUGUCUAGGGUCCUCUCUCUGAUUAGACUGUCAUCAAUCCUGCUAUGUGCUGACAUUCUGCAGAAAAAAAGAAGAGAAUUUUUGCACACUUCAUAGCCAGAGGAAUUUCUAAAUACCUUGGGGACUUCCUUCGAACUGGGGCCUCUGUCACCACUGAUUGAGACUAUCUUGGGGAGUCCUAAGGAACUCUGGGUCAUUCACAGAAAAUCCUCUGUCAUCAUAGUCCUAGACUUUUUCUUCAAAACUUCCCAAUGCAAGCUAGGCGCCUUUAUGCCUCUGCUCCUUAAGACUUACUCAUAGCCCCUUAGCAUCAUGGUCCUAUUGGAUGCAUCAAAAUGCAUAUUAAAGUAGAUUCUACCUGAAAUUAACGUGUAUGUUGAUAGAAGGGAAAACGGCUUCUUGAGUGCAUGGCAGAGUGAUGGAGACACUAAAGAAACUUAAGAGAAGCCAUAAACUGAAUGGUUGUGAUGGCAUCUGCUAUGGAUUUAUCUCUAUCCCCUAGAAAGGACCAAUUCAUGUGUUUGAUCUGGACCCUGUUGACUCACAGGUAAUACUGAAGAGAAAAAAAAAAAAACAUGUGGAAUGUGAUAUAAGAAAGCAAUUUGUCAGCAUGUUACUCUGUUGAUUAUCCUGCAUGCCCCCCCCCCCGGUAUGGAUCUGGCCCACAAACAAGUAAUGAGGUUCUGACAUUUGGACUCAUCAAUAAUCAAGAGUCCUUGAUGCAUGAGCCUUAGGCAAGGUCAUCAUUAUCUCCUUAUUUCUCUGCAAAGGAAUGAAAACCACCAGUGUUGACUGACACCCAUAUCACCACCUUAAUCAUUGAUAGAAUCAGGUCUUGCCUUCAAUACUGUAGGCAAUUUCUCAUCAAAGGGGAUUCUACCUAUGGGAUAUGUAAUUUUGUGGUUGAAUAGCUUAAGAGAUGUUAUCCUAAAGAUGCAUCAGACUUUCACUCUGUCAGUUGGCCUAAAUACAGCCUACUGGUAUUUGAAUUCACAUAUAUCCACAUGUUUCCUUUCUGAAUACUUUUCCUUUUUAGAAUAAACCACAAAUAUUUCCCCAAUGGAUCAAGCCAAAUUCCUCAUCAAUUUUUCUCCAGGGUCAUCAACUUUUUAAACUUUUCCUAGACUCUUUGGUGGGCUAUUCAAGUUUUAAAUUACACUUUGAAGUACACUAAAUUCUGUGCUACUAUGUCAAAAGACAAUCUGGGAGCUUCAACUGGAAAUAGCAGACACCAUGUACCAAUGGGUGUUACAGCGAACUGUGUCAGCAUUAGAUCAACUGGUGACAGGUAAUGUCCAAGUAUCCUAGCUCAAAACAUCAGUUUCCAUGGAGAUGUCAAAAUAGUACACCUAGACUCCUUUGCAAAUUCUCUGUUUUUUUUCUAGAGUCUAAAGAUGGAACUGGGCUUGUCUAGUUCAUCCAUUCAUCCUUACUACUUCACAGAGCAUCUAGAGACUUAUGUUAAUACACCAUUGCCAAUAUUCCAAAGCCUGUUAUUACCCAUGGGUAUGUGAUACUAUCUUCUAUAAGUUACUAAAGAGCAUUGUGAGUACUCUGCUUCUUUAAGAAAUGCAUAUGAAAUGGGAAAACCUAAGUUAAUGUUCUUGUUAACCUAAGAGAUGUACCACAGGGAAUGCAGUGUGAGAGAUUACUGUCCAGAGCCCAAGGAUUAUUUAUCUCUGCAGUUUAUCUUUUUAGUUGUUAUUAUUAAUUAAAAUUAUGUAAGGAUAUUUUCCAAACUCUAUAAAUACUAAUCUAUGGCCUUGAGGUAGUCUCUCUGGAUAAUCUUAUGAAACAAAGGAAAUGGGUUGCUUUCCAGUUUGCUACUGUUCCUUUAGGGGAACAAAAGCCCUGUGGAUAAUUAAUGUACAACAUUGAACUAUUGAUAGAAGUUUCAAAAGUUACUGUUCCUCGUGGAUUUCGUAUCAUCAUGUUGCAUUAUCAGAAAUUUGAGACACAUUGCUGAAGCAACAUGUAAACCUGUCUCUUAAAAUAGUUCAGACUGCAAAGACUGUGUGCAGUCUCCUGGAUACCAAAUUCAGAGACUGCUACAAAUAGUAUAGUUCAUAAUGAAAGCCUAUCUCUUUGAAAGAUGUUGUCCUGCCAUUUAUGCUUAUUACCCAUGACCAGAGCCUAUAUCAACUCUGUUCCCAAGCAGAAAUGCUUUACUGGGAAGACACCGUACAUGUAACUAAAUUGUUCAAAGAUACUCUUUGAGCAGAAAGAGAAAAGCAGCAAUAGGAAAUCUCUGAAAUGCAAAUAAAGCAGGAAAAUCUCCACCCCUUCAGAAUCCAUCAAGGACCUAAAACCAGUAGAUUAGCCAUAAUUCUAAGCUUUUUUCUGCUUCUUGGGAAUUUAAUACCAACUAGCUCCAAUGUUAGACAAACAAAGCAAAAGGGAAAUCCUGGGCUCUGAUAAACAAAACUGUUCUUCCAUCAAGACAAUAAAGGAGGCCUGUUAUCUGCCGAAGAUGAUUUUUGACUUUCCUGUACAAAGUUGCUAGUGCCUUUUAUAAGCUAUGUGAUGUUGUUCUUCCUGGUUAUUGAUUGCUCCAAUUAGAAGCCAUGUGCUGGUUGUGUACACUUUGAGGAAAUUCUACUCUGUGUGUCUCUUUGAACUCAGGAACAGGAAAUGAGAGAAAUGUCUCAUCUUCAAGUAUGGUUUUGCUCUCAAAAUAGGAUCAAGAGUGUGUUGUGUCCAGAUGAAGUGACCCUGUUCCAGCCUGUAAGAAACUAAUGUUGCUUUAAUUUUUACAUCUUCAUGGAAAUGUAUUAGAGCCUGUCCUGUUCAGUUUCUGUAGAAGUCAAUGGGUGUUUCUGUUGCUCAGUUUCUGUAGAAGUCAAUGGGUGUUUCUGUUGCUCUUCAUGAAUGGACAUAGGUAUGAGGGAAACCGGUACAGACUACUUACAGUGACAUAGAUUGUGAAAUGAGAACCAACUAGAACAUUAUUUGGGCUGUUCUGUCAUAUUUUGCAAAUUCAAUAUCAGAACUGCUCAAAAGUUCACGAAAUUCUUACUUUUGUUUGGGUUUUAAACAUUAGCAGUGUCUUCUAUGCUGAAGUGGACUGAUCUCUUACACUGUGACUGUGGACUCAAAUCAGUUGAUAGAACUGCUUCCAAAGCAUGCACAGUGGAAGCCUCCAACCACUGAAUCACUAGGAUAUUCACCUCACCUGCCAAUAAGAUGCACCAGCUUUUCCCAGGGUAAGAUUCUGAAGAACCUGUGACCACUUGGUUUUGACUUUACACCUGCUAUGCUUCCUUGCCUGCUUUGUGAUAGAAAAUAAAAUGGUUUGGGAUUGCUCAUUCAUUGAAAUUUCUUCUAGGCCAACUUCAGCCCUUGUUAACUUGCAGACUGUUAUUGAUCUUAAGAUUAAAGCUUCAAAAGCAAUGUAUAUUGGUUGCCACAGAGCCAUUUCAAGAGUAAACUAGCUCUGUAUUUCCCUGUCAGUUUUUUGAGGAAACAGCCACUUGGUUCUGUGUUGGAUUGCUGCUGGCUGGUCAGUGUCCUUGCCCUGGUACAAUAGGCAACCCACACUAUUAAGCCCUCACCUUUGGCUGUCAGUCAGUACUUGCCCUGAAGUCUCGACAACCACAUGUGCGUUGGUAUUUUCUGCAGCUAUCAUUUUUCUGUUUCACUCAUUAACUCACUGGAUUGACGUUCUUCCUGAGAGCUGUCCAGGCCCUUGCCUCAAAUUGUGCUUAAUGACACCUAGCAGAAAUCUUGUUUUCAGAAAGCAGUUUAAGACCCUGAUUAUGUCAACCCAGGCAGGGAACUAAUUCUGUCUUUCAUGGAACCAAUUAUGGAAGUUCCAAAAAGGGGUGGGCAGGGGCACUUCCCAACAAAUCAACCAAACUAAACUCAUACAUGGCUAACCAAACAUUAAUAAGAUGAACCAUUAUUACAGCAGUGGAAAUGUCUCCUUGUAUCUGCCCUAGGCGCAUUCCAGUAUCAAUGUCUCUGCCUUCUUCAUCGCUUUCAACAAUGCAGUCAUAAAAUGGUCCUGCAUUUUGCCAAGAGCACAGCACUGCUCCCCUCCUAGACCUCCCUCUCCAUCCUGCUCAUCAUCUCUCUGCCAACAUUUUGUGGAAACUAAAAGAAUCCUAAUUAUGUACAGAUAAAUUGUAUUAUAUUUUUUGUACUUAAUGUUUUGUGUAAAUAGUUUGCCUUGUUCAGUUGUAUGUGAGUAUUGAAAUAAACCCUGCCAUUUAGGAAACAA